AUCACACUAGGACAAGGAACCUUACAUAGCACGAGUAAAAUCACACUAGGACAAGGAACCUUACAUAGCACUAGUAAAAUCACACUAGGACAAGGAACCUUACAUAGCACGAGUAAAAUCACACUAGGAACCUUACAUAGCACGAGUAAAAUCACACUAGGAACCUUACAUAGCACGAGUAAAAUCACACUAGCAACCUUACAAAGCACAAGUAAAAUCACACUAGGACAAGUAAAAGUGGGGGAACUUUUCUUAAAAGAUGGAUGCUUUAUAAAAUAUUCGUGCCCUUUGAAGCUAAAUAAGCGGAGUGCAGGUAAACAUUUUUUUAAAUGCACACAAAGUUACAGAAGUAUUCUAUGUGAAGAUUUUACACACCAUGGUGCUAGUUUUCCACAGACAAGACAGAAACCAUGAAUGGGUAAUUCUGCAACAAUGAUUGACAAAGUCAAGUAAAGCAUAAUGGAAAAUCAAGAUGUACUAAGUUGGACUUGUAAAGAUGUUGGAGACUGGUUGAAAGAAAACGGUUUUGAAAAAUAUGCUGGGGAAUUUAGUGUACAUAAAAUAGAUGGCUUAGUAUUACUGAUGAUGGACGAAGCUGAUCUACGACAACCACCUUUGCAAUUAGAAAUACUAGGAGAUGUUAAGAAGCUUUUUUCCUGUAUUCAAAAACUUAAAAGAGGGCAUUAUAAUGGAAGAGAUCAUUCUUUGUCUACACACUAUGAUUCAGUGGAUGGGACAUCAUUGAAUAGUGCUUGCUGCUCCUCGCAUCACAGACCUGCUGUGCAGAGAAUGCUAAGUAGUGACACCGGCACUGAUGAUGAAACGAUCGACAAGGAAAUAGAAAGAAUUGCUAGCAAAAACGGAAGCUAUACCCAGAACAGUGAUCCAGAGAUUUUUAAAACAUUGUUGAGUUUUAUCUACGUGUUUGUUGUGUUUCUUCUGACAGCAUUUAUCAUGACUGUAGUCCAUGACAGAGUGCCAGAUCCUCAGAAGUAUCCACCACUACCUGACAUUUUCCUUGACAACAUGCCGUACGUGCCUUGGGCAUUUGAAGUCUGCGAGAUGAUUGGAGUAGUCAUGUUCAGUAUUUGGGCCAUUAUUUUAUUCUUCCAUAAGCACAGGUUCAUCCUGAUGCGUCGCAUGUUCUCCAUGCUGGGUACAACAUUCCUGCUGCGCUGUGUCACUAUGCUCAUUACCUCCCUCUCUGUACCUGGCAUCCAUCUGCAGUGUGGACAGAAGUUUGGGACCUGGUAUUCCAAGAUGACACGGACCUUUGAGAUCUGGUCUGGCUUUGGGAUGUCCAUACAGGGAGUCAAGUCAUGUGGAGACUACAUGUUUAGUGGACACACUUCAUGUAUCACACUCCUCAACUUCUUUAUUACUGAAUAUACCUCCCGACGUCUCUAUCAGCUGCACACGUUCACGUGGGUUGCCAAUCUGUUUGCCAUAUUUUUCCUGCUGGCUGCACACGAGCACUACUCCAUCGAUGUUUUCAUUGCCUUCUACAUCACCAGUCGUCUCUUCCUCUACUACCACACUCUCGCGAAUAAUCGCUCUCUCAUGGCACGGGACAAAUAUCGCCGACGCAUCUGGUUUCCUCUGUUCUCAUAUUUUGAGUCAAAGUGUGAUGGAAUCGUGCCAAAUACAUAUGAAUGGCCUUUUCCUUAUCCUAAAUCUUGUGUACACUAUUUUGAGAAGAAGCAAAAACGGCAUUGAAACUAGAUUAUUGU